UUUAAGGGAUAAAUCUCGCACGUUCUUACAGGUAUCUAGUCGACCUAAUAAAGACCACACGGAUUUAUUGGCCCUGGAUCGUGGGCUGUAAUAACAUAACCUCGCCUGAGCGGGCAGAGUUUGUUAUUCUUGACAAAUGUCUGAUUGAGUUUUGAUUUCACGAAAAGCAACUUAGUUGAUCGAUAUUAAUUACCAAAAAACAUCAGUUCUGCACCUCGGACGAAGCAGGCUUUCACUUCGAGAAUAAUUACGCGGGACAAAGGGACAAUAGAAGACACUUUGAAAGGAAAGUCAAAGAAAGCUUGACGACAGAGGAAAACCUUGAACACCCGUGUUGGGUUGUACAUAUGGCUUAAGGUUUUUCACUCAGGAAUAUUUUCAAUUGACUGACAAAGACUUCAUAAAUUUUCACUUAUUUGUUCUGCGUUGGAUUGGUUCAACAGUCACGUAUUGGAAGAGAUCUAAACGGCAUGUACAGAAUGGCAAACUCUAGUAAUUUUACGACUUCUGCCAUUCCUCCAAGGUCAGGCCACCCAGAUCAAGUGGACUUGUACAUAGUCAUCCUCACCAGUGCUUUAAUAGGCAUUCUCAUCAUUCUUACCAUCGCGGGCAAUGUCAUGGUUUUGCUAACAUUUUGUUUAUGUAAGGAGCUCCGUAGCAUCACUAACUAUUUUCUCAUUUCUCUAUCGAUCGCUGACCUACUGACAGCUCUCCUGGCGAUGCCUAUAUUUUUACUCUUGAGAAUAACGAACGAACAAUGGAAUUUCCCCGGAGCUGUUGUCUUCAGAAAUAUUUUUGUGGCGGUGGAUAUUAUUUGUGGUUCAGCAUCGAUAUGGAACUUAUGCCUUAUAAGUAUGGAUCGAUUCUUAGCUAUCAGAAUGCCUCUAAAACAUAUGGUCAUUCUGACACCAAGAAGGGCGCAAGUUGUGAUUGUCAUUGCUUGGGCUCUUGCUUUAUUAGUCUCUUCACUGCUCUACACUUCCUGGCCUUAUAAGGUGUAUCCUAUAGUAACAUUAAGCUUCUUUCUUCCACUUACUAUCAUUAUUUUCUCGUACGUCAACAUUUACAGAACAAUGAGGAACAGGACUUUCGUGCAGAGAAGAAGAGCCGGAGCAAAGUUGAAGAGGGAUUUUCGAAUGGCAAAACAAAUGAUAUUGGUAAUUGGCUCUUUUAUCGUUUGUUGGUUCGGCUUCUUUGUUGUCAAUGUUAUUUUAGCUUUGACAAUUCCCGUGGAUCUCGUAGUUCUCAACAUCGUCAAGGUACUAACAUACCUCAACUCCUGCAUAAAUCCUCUUUUGUUCACUUUUAUCAGUCAGAAAUUUAAAGUAGCGUUUUCGCAAAUUUUUCAUUGCCAAAAACCGAACCUUCGCAAAUCGAGGUUGAACUCKAGACUAAUACAAGACGAAAACAGCAGAUAUGGAUACUCCGUGAUAAACAACUCUCAUUCGGCUACAAAUACUGUGAAUGGAACGAAAACUCCCACACCACAAGUAAAAAGACGAAUACUGGCCGGAAAUAGAAUUUAUUUGGAAAGGGAAACGACAGUUUAAAGAGUGAAAAUUACAGGAUUUUAAUGGAAAAGAAGUAGAAGAAUCGUUAUCAGAUUUACUGAAUCCUUUAAAAGUGUAUUCCAUUUAUCACGUUUUUACUUUCUUAAUUAAACAUUUCUAGAUUGUCACCUGAAUUGUUCUUGUUUUGUGGAGAAGGAUUAUUUUUAUCUGGAAAUCACUUAGUGCACUUGUUAAUGACGUUUGAUGAAGAGAAAAUAAAUUGGGCAUAGUGAUGACAAGCAACAAGGACGCCAAAGUCCUAUUCACGUUGUCUUCAAGGUUUUAAUUCACGCUGCCAGUGUAACUAAUAAUAAAAGUAAUUGCAAAUGAGGAAAAAAUAUUAAACCAUAAUCUCAAAGUUGGGCGGCAGUAUUCCUAAUAAGUUUAAAUACAUGCCAUCUGUGUCUAGAAUAAGAAAUCUCGUGGGAAUUAGAAAUAAUUGCAAACUGUUUUGAAAUUGAAAAGUCUCUGUGGAGGAGAAUAUUUACUGUUGAAUGUAUAAAGUAUUAAGGUAGGGAGCUGUCAUCCAUGUUGAUUAGAAAUUUCAUUGUUAUUUGGAUAACAAAAGCGAAGAUAAUCGCGUCUGUGUUUAUUAAGAUUACACUAAAAAACAGUAUUAAAGUUUAGAAUGGAAUAAACGUUUGAGUGUCUUUCAGA